CAAGACUAGUACUCGAUCACCUGUGCUGAAGACGCCUAUUGGCUACUUUCCCUCCAGACCCAGGACCCCGUGGGUCACGUGUUACAGUCGGGGGUCCAUAACCGGUGGGGGAGUCGACAGGAGACGGACGUUCCCGCAAAGUCUCUAGCGAGCCCCUUAGGUGAACCUUAGUGAUCCAGAGUGGCAGAGAACCAGGGCAGCCAACUAAAUACCGCUAAAGUUACACAAGCUACAGCGAGUGUAGGUCAGCAGCAUUCCAGCACCGCUCCUGCUCAAGGCUUUCCUCAAGCAAGUGUGAAGUUUCUCCUCCCGUCAAGAUGCCAUCGCAGUGCAUGAAAAUAUUCCAGUUCACCGGAGUCGCCUCGUUUGUUGUGUUCUGUAUGUUAUACGGAGUGUACCAGUACCAGUAUUACUACAACGGGAACUACUACUCUCCGUACAGCUCUUACGGCGGCUCCUCCGGGUCCUCCUCGGCCUCGUCCUACAGCCAACAGUACGCCCAGUACCUCGCUCGCUACUUCGGCUCCCAGUACACCUCCCAGUACGGCUCCUCUCCGUACGGCUCCUCAUCGUACAGCUCCUCUCAGUACCGUGUCCAGCCCGGCUCCCAGCCCCAGUACGCCUACCAGCAGUACAGCACCGGCGGGAGAACACAGCGGACAUCCAGCCGCAGGUCUCUACCCUACAGGGCAAGAACCGGCACGGGCCAGGGCAGGCGCUCCAAUGCUCUCAGGAGAUCCGGUCUGCCCGACCUUGUCCCUGAUGCCGCCCUGGUGGAGUCGACAGCCUACACGGAGAACGUGGCGCUGUACCGACUCCAGUGCGCCAAGUCGGAGAACUGUCUGUCCAGCUCUGCCUACGGCAGGGGCGCCACCCAGGACAGCACCCGCCGGCUGCUCCGCUUCUCACAGCGGACCUUCAACGAAGGAGACGCGGACUUCCUGCCCGACUCGGACCCGUCUCAGUGGGAAUGGCACGCCUGCCACCAACAUCACCACAGCAUGGAGACGUUCGCUCAGUACGACCUGUUAGAGGAGUCCAGUGGUCGGCAGGUGGCGGAGGGACACAAGGCCAGCUUCUGCCUGGAGGACACCGGCUGCCGCCGCACCUACCGCAAAUAUAACUGCGCGCUAGGACGCCAGGGUAUAUCUGUCGGCUGCUGGGACAGUUACGAACACAACAUUGACUGCCAGUGGAUUGACGUGACGGGUAUCAAGGCCGGCAACUACAUUCUGGAGAUCUCAAUAAACCCAGAACGCCGAGUCAGGGAGAGCAGCUUUGACAACAACCGGGUCAGGUGUAACGUCCGGCUAUACAGGAACAGCGUGCAGGUCACCAACUGCAUCAGGACACACCUGAGAAGCAGCCGUGGGUAAACUGAAGCUCGUGCUCAUUCAGCAGUCCUCAAUUUCUAGACAGUCAUUGACCACCUAUCGUCUAUACUCACACGUGUUGCCGUAAGCAGAAUAGCUGGUGCUACACAACUUGGUGCUAUGUUUGAACGGACAUCUUAUUCUUAGUAAAAAGGAGUCUAUAUGUUCCAUAAUUGAACCAUUUUUCAAUGUCUGGUCGGGACUGGGAUAAUGCACUUUUUGCGACUUUGAUUCCAGAACAGUUUUAGCCACUAUCACAACAUCUCGCUGGAAUACCCUCAGUCCGUGUUACAUGUUACAAUGGUCUAUGAACUAGUGAGAAGUCAAGAAUAAUUAUCGUGAGAAUAAAAUUGCCCCAUGUUAUGCCAUGGAGGUUCUUGUCACAUAACGUUACAGUUAUAAUGCAGACCUAUUUCUACUGGAUGUACAUUUACGGUGAAGUUAUUCUUAGGCUGUCGAUGUUAGAGCUUUUUGGAUUUCUUUGCUGCAUGAAUCGUGUACCUAUAUAUAUAUAUAUAUAUAGUGGAACAGGUUGUUGUAGGUAACUGCCUCGCUUUUCACCAUGACUUGUGUGUUGGUUGUUUCAUCCUCUAUAUAUAAUCCAUACUUUGUACUUUGUUGGUUGUACCUUGUUUGUAUACUUAUUCAGUGCUCCAUUUUGUAUACCCGGUAAUCAGUAUCAUUAUGCAUGAGUACUUGGAAACAAUGUACUGUAUGAUUUCAGGAAUUAACAUUUUAGCACUGCUUAACUACUAGUUAAUUGUACCGAGUACAUUUUUGUAGUAAAUCAACUCAGAGAUAGCAUCAAGCCAGGGGUAAAUGUUACACUUUUGUUGCCUGUGUGAAAACUGUUCAAUAAAAUUCAUAG